UCUAUUAUGCGGGGCUCCAUACUUGUUUGUUUGCCUGGCUGAUUUUUUACGCUCAAACCAUUAUUUUUGGUAAUUUUCAGUGUGACGUCGAUGAUGAUAAGUGAAUUCAAAUAUUUCGUUCUGUAGAUUUUUAGUAAGGACGUAAGGUGUAGCAUGUAUUUCAAGAAAUAAACAAACUAUAAGGAAGUAUUCAUUAAAACAUGGGAGUAAUAGGACUCUGGAGACUAGUUGAUGCAACAGGAAAGCCUGUUCCAUUAGAAACUCUUGAAGGAAAAGUGCUGGCUAUUGAUGUUUCAAUAUGGAUUCAUCAAGUAAUACAAGGCUAUCAAGAUCGAAGAGGCAAUUCUUUACCUAAUGCCCAUUUGAUUGGUUUAUUCAAUAGAAUUUGCAAAUUAAUGUAUUUCAAAAUCAAACCAGUAUUUGUUUUUGAUGGAGGUGUACCACUAUUGAAAAAGAAUACUAUUGCUACACGCAGGAAGCUAAAAUCUAUUGCAGCUAGUAAAGCACAAAAGUUGAAGAAUGAUUUGAUAAACAACCUGAUAAAACACACAGCAGUGAAGGGAGCACUUGACAAAGGAAACGAUGAAGGAGAAAGUAGUACAAUCCAACAUUUCAAGGAUCCAAAAGCUAUACCAGGCACUUCUAAAAUACCUGAUAUGUACUUUCUACCCGAUAUGCCUAGUACUAGUCAAUUUACAGAUUCUGAUGAUUACAUAAGGUCUGAUGAAGAUGAUCAGCUGAACCUGAGUCCUCGUAAACAGACUAAAUGGAUGGGAAAUAUUCACACUGUUAAUAUAAAUACUGAAGAAUUUAAAAAUUUACCAGCAGACGUUAGAUAUGAUAUUCUGACAGACUUGAAAGAAACAAGAAAACAAAGUUCUUGGGGUCGGAUUCAUGAAUUACCAACUGGCUCAAAUAAAUAUUCUGGUUUUCAAGUUGAGCGUUUGUUGAAACGAAGAAAUGUUCAAGAAUCUCUUGAAACUGCUGAAAAAGAAAUGGGAGGGAAAACUUUGACUUUGGAAGAACUAGAACAACUUUUAACAGAUCAAGGUAUUAAUAUGACUCAAAAACAAGAUGCUGCUUUUCGAAUAGCUGCUGAUAGUUCAACCAGAGUUAUUUACAUGAAAGAGAAACCUUUGUCAUAUAAUACUGAAAAAUCCAAUGGUUUCACAUGCUCUGAUGAAAACAGUGAUGAUUCCAAUAAAAAUUCAAAAGAACAAGAAAAUAAUGCUCUAAUGGAUUCAAGGUCUAUUUGCUCUGAUACUUCAAUACCAGAAGUUGAUAAUAUUUAUGCUUAUGAUUUAGAUGAAGAUUGGCUUUCAGAUGACGGUUUCAAUGAAACUACUCUUAAUGAGUCUUCUACACUUCCUAAAAAUGUCAUUCCUAAGUCUGUGAUGAAUCCUGCUUUAGCUUAUAUGUUAGAAAACAGUGGUCUAAGUAAAGAACAGAUUCUCAAAAUAGUUGAACAGAGUAAGAAAAAUAAAAAAAAAUCUGAUACCACAAGCUCUCAGGCGUCGUCAAAACGAAAAAUAAAAUCAAGACGUUCUUCAUAUAGUAAGGGCAAAAGAAAAAAAUUAUUUGAUACUAUUGAAACGCCUAAAAUAAUGAAAGAAGUUCCGGAAGAAGUAUCAAACAUUAUUGAAUCUAGUUCGGAAUCUGAUGUCUUUAAUGAAGUUUCAAAUGAACCAAAAGUUUCAAACGUCACUAAAUCUGAUUCUGAAUCUGACGACUUUGUUGAAGUCUCAGAAAUAAUUACAGAUUCAAAGUCAGAUCUGAAAAUCAAUGAUCCUGACAAAUUACUUGCUGCAGAAUCUUCAGAUUCAGAAUCGAAUGAUUUUAUUGAAGUACAAAAUAUUUCUAUUCCAGAACUCGUUAAUACAACUAAUGUAAAGAAACCUUUCUUUGAAGUAACAGUGAAAGCAGAAGAAAAGUUAGUAGAUGAUAUUUUUGCUGAUAUAUUCACAGAUGAAGAAACAAUCAAAAAAUUAAAUGACUUGACAGAAAAUAAACCUGUAGUCAGGGAAAUUAAAAGAUCUUACGAUAUUUCUAUCAUCGAAUCAACCAACAAAGAAGAUUUUGUUGAUGUUAAAAAUGAGAAUUUGUUGUUUUUGGAAGAAAGGAAAAGUAAUCAUUUAGUAUCAUUAAGUCCUACAAUUGAAUUACUAGAAGUCAAAAAAAUGUUUCAUCAGACCACUUCAGUUAAAGUUGAUCAAGAUAAAUCCGAAUUUGACAAUAUUUCUACAGAAAAUAAAUCUAAAAAAAGCAUCACAAUACAGACGGAAAAUGAAGGGCAAAGUAUAAAUAGCGAGAUUAUUGAAAGUGUCAAAGAAAAUAAAAAUGAUGAAAAUAUUGAUGCAGAUAAUAUUUUGAAUAAUUCGGAAACUUUUUUGAAAUACGACACGAAAGAAAUCUCGGAUGAAAAGGAACAAUAUAAUAAAGAUCAAGAAGUGAUUCAUGUUAACAAGGAACCUCCUUUAGUCCUACCUAACAAUGAAAAGGAACUUGAGUCAAUGAAGGAACAAUUAGAAACCGAACAAAAACAAAUUAAUGAAAGCCUUGGAAAAUUGGAGAGACAAGCAAUAGAUAUAACAGAUCAAAUGAGAUUAGAAGCUCAAGAACUUUUACGUUUAUUUGGUAUACCUUAUAUUGUAGCUCCUAUGGAAGCUGAAGCACAGUGUGCUUAUUUGGAACAAAUUAAAUUGACUGACGGAACGGUAACUGAUGACUCAGACAUAUGGUUAUUUGGAGGAAAUUGCGUGUACAAAAAUUUUUUUGAUAAUAAUAAGAAAGUAUUGCAAUUUUUAUCAAAAGAUAUUGAGCACCACUUCAAGUUGAGCAGAAAAGAGUUGAUAUUAUUAGCUCUUUUGGUUGGCAGUGAUUAUACAAAUGGCUUAGCUGGUGUUGGUCCUGUUACAGCCUUAGAAAUUAUCGCUUCUUUUCCAUGUGAAGGAGAGGAUAUUUUACGAGGGUUGCGAUCAUUCUGUGCUUGGUUUAGGUCUGGAAAAUUGACAGCACCCAGCAAACUCACAUUACGUAAUAAACUGAAAAAUGUACAAAUUGAAAAGGGGUUUCCAAGCCAAGCAGUUGUGCAAGCGUACUUGGCCCCGACGAUCGAUGAGUCGAAAGAAGAAUUUACCUGGGGCAAACCAAAUCUAGUUCUGCUGGCAGAUUAUGUAAAAAAGAAAUUUGGUUGGACAAAAUUGAAGUUUGAUGAAAUAAUAAAUCCCGUGAUGCAAAGAUUUACUGAAAGCAAGAGUCAAAAAGGAAUCGACGCAUACUUCAAAGUUCAAACUAUUCCAAAAUCCAUUGAAUCUUCUUUAAGUAAGAGAGUGCAGUCGGCUGUUCAAAGAUUAGGUGGUAAAAGUCAGAAUGCUGAUUCUUCAGAUGAUGAGUCAGUUGCACCAAUUCAAAAAGAGAAACCUAAGAGAAUUAAAAAAAUCAUGGCUACACGGGGAAAGAAAUCUAAAAGUGAUACGGAGAAACCGUCAAUAAGCACGUUACCACCUAUUGCAGAGAUGAAGGAGAAUGAUGACGAGAAUCAAUCAGUCGAAAACGAUGAAUUUAUUGAAAUAAGUGAGUCGCAACAGGCUAUAACAACUACGCGAAAAAAAAAGUUUAUCGAUCGUGAUGCUCGAGAGGCGCCUAAGAAGAUUACGACUCACAUCAAUGAAACCAUUCCUCAGAGAGAGAAAGACAAAGUUAAUGCUUUAAAGUCGAAACUCAAAGCGAUAGAAGUAUUUCGCAAAUCGAAAUUGAGUCGCGUCAAGAAAACGAAGAAAGUUACUAAGAAAAUCAAAGACGAAGCCGAACUGUCUGAAAGUAACAGUGAUUCGUGAAAUUUUAUAAUGUGUUUAUUAUUAUAAAAUUCCACAUGUUUAUUAGUAAAAUAACUUAACUGUACU